AAGAGAGAACAAGACAGAGAGAGAGAGAGAGAGAGAGAGAGAGAGAGAUCCAUUCACAGACGCUAGGAAAAAAAAGUGAUAACUGAGAGCAGUGGAGGUGAGCUCGAUACGGACUGGAGACCCAAAGAAGAGAAGAUUCAGAACUUCAACUCAUCUACAAAUUAAGAAAGAUGCUCUGUCCUUCCUGGCUUUUGGCUGCAGCAGUCUUGUGUUUCCACAGCCCAUAUGUAGACGGCCGCUGCUUGGAUUUGAUAGACUGCAUGGGCCUUAAAUCUAAUGAGCAAAAAUUGCAGUGUAUCAGGCAGUGCAGAUCUGCACAAGAAUCCUCCAAUUACGGACGAGUGUCUUCAUCUGAACAGCUGAACAGUGAAGAAGAGGUUGAGGAAGAGAGUCUCAGUUUGGCCCUGCUCUUAUCAGCUCUGUCUCCUGACUCGAUCGAGCUUCAAGACCCCACUGGAGAAACCCCUCACAAUGAUGAGAGGAGGUCUUACUCCAUGGAGCACUUCCGCUGGGGCAAACCCAUGGGCCGCAAGCGUCGACCUGUCAAAGUCUUCACUAAUGGCGCUCUGGAGGAGGAGCCGGUGGAACCAGAGGAGUUGGUGGAAAGCAUCCGGGUGGAGCGAGGGCAGGGAGACAAGCUCCAUGUUCAAAACAGGAACAAUGUAAAGAACAACGGGAAGUAUCGCAUGACCCAUUUCCGCUGGAACGCACCACCUGACAAGCGCUACGGAGGCUUCAUGAGGCCCUUUUCAGAUCAAUCCAACAAGCCACUGCUCACACUCAUACGAAACGUCAUUGUUAAAGACGGACAGCCGUUCAGAGAUUAAGAGAGGAGAGAAUAUUUGGUGUCAAAACAUUUAAAUGUGUCCUUAAUAUCGGCUACCUUAUUUAAAAAAAAAAGAAUUUUCCUCUGAACCAAAAGUACAGGGCAUGAAAUGUUAGUGUCCUGUGAAAAAAAAAAAAAUGAAAUACUCAUUACUUGAUAUUCACAGUUCAUUUAGACACACGGCACUGUACUGAUCAUCUCUGGGAUUUAAAAAGAAAGGAUAUUCAGAAAUGCUUUACUGUAAUAUACUGUACAUGAACUACAUUAAACUGAAUUUGCAAUGUU